UUGGAGCUUUCUGGAAGCAGCCCUCCUUUUCGCUGUCAGAGCCUGAGCAGCGUUAGCUUUCUGCCGGCGAGACUUAAUAACUUUUCUCCGCUGGUUUUCCUGCUUCACGAUGGCUGCCGUUAAAGCACUGAACCCUAAAGCAGAGGUGGCCAGGGCGCAGGCUGCUCUGGCGGUUAACAUCAGCGCCGCCCGGGGGCUCCAGGACGUGCUGAGGAGCAAUCUGGGACCGAAAGGGACCAUGAAAAUGCUGGUGUCUGGUGCAGGAGACAUAAAGCUGACCAAAGAUGGAAAUGUCCUGCUACAUGAGAUGGUAAUGAAGUACUUUUAUUUAGAAUGUGUGUAAGAAUAAUUGCCUUUGGUUUUAAAUUAUAUUAACAU